CAUCUUUGCAUUUUGGGUUUGGCCUUAUAAACGUCAUUACGAAUAUAGAAUUGAUGUUGAAAAAAACAAAGUAUUUGGACAGUAUUUGGAAGUUUUUCAUAUUGCCGGCUUAGAAGAAUUAAUACCAGAUACUAAAUUUUGA